UCGAGCAUGGCUUGCAACUGCAACAUCUCAUGCCAGCACAACAGCCUCUUCACCGUACUUCAAAUGCUCGAACCCACCAACAUCAUCAACAUCCCUAACAAUAUGUACACGAGACAAUACAACCGCAAAAUCGUCAUCCAAGUUAAUUGCUGCUAUCGAUGCACUGCUGUGACGUAUUGUUUGGCAAAGAAAGCAAUGUUCACGACGAAACACCGUCUUCCAGAUGCGGCUCUUCCUCCGUAACACCACACCCGACCUCUGGCACAACUCAACGACAGUCCCAUCAUCCGCCAAAUGCGGUAUCGUUACGCCAGCCCCAACGCUCCUUGCAGCACUGUGCCUGCUGCCUCGUGGAGAGAACAUCGCGAGCCCACUUAGGCUCUCGUGCCACCAACGAUUCGUGAGUGCACACCUGGUUCAUGGCGAACCAUUUCAAGACGCGGUUGCGGCGUCAAAGUUGUCUACCAGAGCGCGGCGGAGCUCGCACACUACUUCUUUCAAGGCCCGUUUGUGGCGGCAGCCCUUUCGUUUAGAACGCUGCGACGUUCCUUCAACUUCUCAACUGGAACAUGGUCGCGGUGACAACCUCCCUACUCAGAGCGCGCCGAUCUCCACUCUGCUGCUCAAAUCAGUCUCGGAACACAAUUUUGCCGAAGACCCUCUCAUGCAGAACGCGGCCACGCUGGCUUGAAAUUUCCAGUCAGG